AUGACGGACACGAUACCGGCAUGUUACAACGUGUCUAUAGUUAAUUCUAAUCAAUUUUGGAAAACUGACAAAGUCUUGAAAACAGAGCUUCCUAUUAUCGCCAUUCAAAUUGUUUUUGUUGUUGGGUUAUCUCGUAUCUUUUCCAUAAUCUACAAACCUUUGCAUCAAACUCGUCUCAUUUCACAAAUCGCUGUUGGUUUCCUACUAACACCGCCAUUACUAGGAAGAUUCACGCCCAUUUUUGAGUUCAUUUUUCCGGUAAACGGGAUUGUGAAUGUGGAGAUCCUUUCACACAUUGGUCUUAUUUAUUAUGCAUUCCUUAGUGGAUUAGAGAUGAACUUAAAUACCAUUCUACACGUGAAAAGGAAAGCUGCAAGCAUUGCAAUUGCUGGGAUAAUCUUUCCCGUGCUCGUUGCACCAUGGUUAUAUGGUUUGUUUCGAAAAGUUUAUGGACAUAUUAUGAUGUUUCCCCUUGAGGAAAGUACAAGUAAUGCUUAUAUACUUUGGACUUUAAUUCUCACCGUUACAAGUUUUCCUGUAGUAGCACAUACACUUUCUGAGCUUAAGCUCCUCUAUACUGGUCUUGGAAAAGCGGCCUUAACAGCAUCCAUGAUUGGUGACACCUAUAGUUGGAUUCUUUUCACUUUAUUUGUUCCAUUUUCAAUUAAUGGUAAAGGAGCUAUCUACACUGUGCUAUGCACGAUAAUCUUCGUUGUUGUGUGCAUCUUUGUGGUACGUCCAAUCAUUCAAUGGUUUAUUGAUCAUAAGGCAGACAAAGAUGAAUGGAAUGAUAACCAAUUGCUCUUUAUAUUCAUGGGCGUUUUAGCUUGUUCAUGCAUUUCAGAUUUUCUCGGUGCACAUGCCAUUGUUGGGGCUUUUGUUUUUGGACUAAUUUUACCUCAUGGGAAAUUUGCUGAAAUGGUCAACUCAAUUUCAGAUGAUUUUGUUGCCGGCUUUUUAAUUUUAAGCACUUUAUUUGUUACUUUAUUCUUCGGUAUGCGUACUCGAGAUGGUUUGACUUUGGGCUUGAUUUUGAACAAUAAAGGCGCCAUGGCAUUAAUAAUGCUGAACAUUGCUUGGGAUAGAACGAUAUUUUCUGUACCUACCUAUGCCGUUAUAACUUCUGCUGUUCUUCUAAUGACCAUACUUGUGUCUCCCGUCAUCAAUGCCAUUUUCAAACCAAGACAGAGAUUUGAACAAAACAAGCUAAAGACCAUACAAAAACUAAGGGUUGAUUCAGAGCUCCGACUUAUAACAUGUAUUCAUAAUACUCGCCAAGCUGCAAACAUGAUUAGCAUAAUUGAAUGUUUUAAUGCCAUGAGAGUUUCCCCUGUGCAUGUUUUUGCCUUGUACCUUGUUGAACUUACUGGACGUGCUGCUGCCCUAGUUGCUGCACAUAUAGGGAAGCCUAACAACCAACCUGGAGAACAAAACUUAACUAGGUCUCAAGAAGAGUUAGAAAGCAUUCACAAUGCAUUUGAUGCUCUUGGAGAGGCAUAUGAUGCUAUUAGAGUUGAGACCUUAAAUGUGGUGUCAGCAUAUGCAACUAUUCAUGAGGACAUAUAUCACUCAGCAGAUGAGAAACGCACAAGCUUAAUUCUUCUUCCAUUUCACAAACAAUUAACUUUAGAAGGUACUUUAGAAGUAACUAAUGUUGUAUACAAAGAUAUAAACCAAAAUGUAAUGCAAGGUGCUCCCUGCUCUGUGGGAAUAUUUGUUGAUCGUGAUUUUGGGUCAGUUCCCAAAAUGAACCUUCAUGUUCGUGUGAUUUUUGUUGGUGGUCCUGAUGAUCGUGAAGCCUUGGCCAUUGCAUGGAGGAUGGCAGGACGUUCAGGAACAAAGCUCUCAAUGGUUCGAAUACUUCUGUUAGGUGAAGCAGCAGAAGUAGAUGCUUCAGCUCACGAUGAAGCACAAGAGAUAUUAUCUGCAGUUAUAGACACAGAUAAGCAAAAAGAGUUAGAUGAUGAAUAUAUAAACACAUUCAGACUUAUAGCGGUUAACAAUAACGAUUCAAUAUCCUACUCAGAGAUCGAUGUUCAUAGUGGUGAAGAUAUUCCUGUAAUCCUCAACGAGAUAGAAAAAUUUGGAUGUGAUCUUUACAUAGUUGGACAAGGGAAUUGUAGGAACUCUAAGGUAUUCACAAAUUUGCUAGAGUGGUGUGAGUGCUUGGAACUUGGAGUUAUAGGGGACAUUUUGGUGUCAAAUAAUUUUGGUUCACGCUCGUCUGUGCUAGUUGUUCAACAAUAUGGCUAUGGAGGAAUGAUUUUUGGAAAUAAUCUAAACCACAAGGCCACUAGCAAAGGCAUGUUUGAGUCUGUUGUUUGA